GAUGUUAGUCGGACGCCGUGGAGGAAGCAUUAAACAUUUAUUUGCAUUGUUGUCGUUUGAAAAAGUUGUUAAACAUAAUUUGACGGUAAUUUUUAAUAACUGUGCGUUAUUUUGAUAAAUCGCGUGUGAAAUUAGACCAGUUAAAUUAUGAAAGUCUGCUGUAUUGGCGCUGGUUAUGUUGGCGGCCCAACAUGUGCGGUAAUGGCACUCAAGUGUCCGGAUAUUACCAUAACGCUGGUCGAUAAAAGUGCCGAAAGAAUUGCACAGUGGAAUUCGGAGAAAUUGCCCAUUUAUGAGCCCGGUCUUGAUGAGGUGGUUAAGAAGUGUCGCAAUGUGAACCUGUUCUUCUCCACGGACAUAACAACUGCCAUCAAAGAUGCUGAUCUGAUCUUCAUAUCGGUGAAUACGCCCACCAAAACCUGUGGCAGUGGCAAGGGUCGUGCUGCGGAUCUGAAAUAUGUGGAGAGUGCGGCGCGUAUGAUUGCAGAGAUUGCACAGUCCAACAAGAUUGUGGUUGAGAAGAGCACGGUGCCAGUUCGUGCCGCCGAGAGUAUUAUGCAUAUAUUGCGGGCAAAUCAGAAGCCAGGCAUCCAUUAUGAUAUACUAUCCAAUCCGGAAUUCUUGGCCGAGGGCACGGCCAUCAAUGAUUUGCUGAAUGCGGAUCGCGUUUUAAUUGGCGGCGAGGAGACGCCAGAGGGACAUCAGGCAGUGGAGAAGCUGUCGUGGAUCUAUGAGCAUUGGAUACCAAAAAAGAACAUACUGACAACCAAUACGUGGAGCAGCGAACUGUCCAAGCUGGCAGCCAAUGCAUUCCUGGCACAGCGCAUCUCUAGCAUCAAUUCCUUGUCGGCGGUGUGCGAAGCAACCGGAGCUGAUGUCUCGGAGGUGGCACGGGCCGUGGGUCUGGACUCGCGCAUAGGCUCCAAGUUUCUGCAGGCCUCGGUGGGCUUUGGCGGCAGCUGUUUCCAAAAGGACAUACUCAACCUGAUCUAUAUAUGCGAGAACUUGAAUCUGCCCGAGGUGGCUGCCUACUGGCAGCAGGUUAUCGACAUGAACGACUAUCAGAAGCGUCGAUUCUCGCAGAAGAUCAUCGAGAGCCUGUUCAACACGGUGUCGGACAAACGUAUUGCCAUCCUGGGAUUUGCCUUCAAGAAGAACACUGGAGAUACUCGCGAAACGGCGGCAAUUACCGUGUGUCAGACAUUGUUGGAGGAAGGCGCCAAGCUGGACAUCUAUGACCCGAAAGUGGAACCGGAGCAAAUAAUUGAUGAUCUAACGCAUCCGAGCGUAACGGAAUCUCCAGAGAAUGUCAAGAAGGCGGUCCAGAUACACAGUGAUCCUUAUAGCGCCGUGCGUGCCACACAUGCCCUUGUACUCUGCACGGAAUGGGAUGAGUUUGUGGAUCUGGACUUUAAGCGCAUCUAUCAGUCCAUGAUGAAGCCAGCCUACAUCUUUGACGGACGCAAAAUCCUAGAUCACGAGCGACUGCUGCAGAUUGGCUUCCAUGUGCAGACCAUUGGAAAGAAGUACCAACGUGCUGGCCUCUUAAGAUCGUGGGGCAUUGUGCCACAGCUGUAAUCGUCGUCCAGAUGUGUUUAUGUGUCUGUGUGUGGCAUAAAGACUUAAAGGUGUCAACAAUUUCCAGUAUUUACGAGACUCAAUUGUAAAUAUGCGUUUGUUUUUUAUAUAAAUAGUUCAAGUACGAGUAUUUGUAUUUCGCUAGAUACGCCUAAGUAUUCCUAUUUCUAUUCCUACAACCAAAUGUCGUUCCAGUUGCAAUAUAACAUAAAUAUUAACAUUGCCGUUGCAAACGGAGACCCGCAAUUAGAUCGCUACAGAAUUUCCAUAUCUGUAGGAUUGUACGAUAAUACAAUAAUUAAACAAACAUUUACACAAA